AUGUUGUUCUGGGAAGUCGUGCGUACGUCAUCAGAUCGAAGCGACCCUAGACUUCUCGUCCAACUUCUUCACAACACUCAUCCCACUCUGCCUCACAACCUCUUCACACGCACAUCGCAACAAACCAUCGCGGCAUCUCCCCUUCAACAAGCCUGCCCUUUCUUCCUUUAUCAACUCGCACAAGAAUUUCGAAUUUGCAACCCCACGCGGGUGGGAGACAGUGUGCGGCGGGCUCUCGAGUGCACCGCACACUCUUCACUCGAGAGCUCGUCAUUUGUCCUUAUCAACAAGCGGGACAAUGGCGGUACCCGAGUACCGCGACGAAGUUUCCAUCACCUCUCGAUAGCGAACCCCCAUCUUGCUUCCAUUUCCAACUCGUCGCAUCAUUCUCAGCAAGAAGAAUCCGACCAAGAGCAGCGACACGGGAUAUCAACUACUGAGAAUCCGCAUUCGCUAUCACACUCACAAUCGCCGCCCCUCGCCCAGCUUCUCAUUCCCAACUCGUCGCAGCUUUCUCAGCAAGAACCCGACCAGAAGCACCACCACACAAUAUCAUGUUCACCCGAGAGUCUGCAUAUUCUCGUCGGGGCCAGCACAGUUCCUCAGUAUCGCAAUGAAGGUAAGCCAACAGAGCGAUCAUACUCCCUGAACCUUGAUGAUCACUGA